UUUCGAUUCGAGUCAAAAUUGAUUUCUUGUUUGUGGGUCAGUCCAAAAUGGGUUAAGUUUGGUUGGAAAACCAGCAACUUUCUUGCAACAAUUGGCAUUAUUGAGAAAAGUGAUCAAAAAAAAUUAAAAAUUAAUGUUUAAGGAGCUCCCCCAAUCCAGUCACUAACUUCCUCCGAAAUUCAUGUAAAAUAUAUUUUUAAGGGCAACAUGCUGUGCCGCAGAUGCUGCUACUUGGUGCCCCUGAACAUCGGUUGCCUGAUCAUUAGCGGCCUCUUCCUGAGCUACCACGUGGGCGAGGUGGUGACCCACACCAGCGACAUCAUAUUCCUCAAGGAAGUGGCCCAGUACACGUGGGCGCCCAUCCUCAUCGGCCCCCUGUACACGGCCAGCAUCAUCUCCUCGAUGCUCCUCAUCUACGGAGCCUGCAAGCAGCGUAAAGGCUUUGUCCUGGUGUGGGUCAUCAUGCAUGUCCCCAUCUUUUUGGUGUAUCUGAUAAUGACCAUUUGCGAUGGAGUCCUUGGGAAUCCCCCGCCUGUAGUAAUCGCCAUCCAGGUCUUCAUCGUAGUGGUUCUCUUCUACUCCAUAUUCAUAGUGCUGUCGUACUACCAAUACCUGAAGAUGGCCACCCACGACACCGAGGAAUACGAGUAUUGAGGAAUGAAAUGUAUUUUAUGUUUUGGAGAAUAUUUAAUAAAGUUUUUCAAUCUGAA